AUGUUUGAAAACUUGAAGGCAUUUAUUAGACAUGGUAGACAGGCUAAUGACAUGAAGAGGGUGAACCCAAGUAAUCCUCCAUACACUUCAGCGACGGAAAAUCCAUUUGGAUCGGGAUAUCAAAUAAUUGAUGGUACUAAUGACUUUGGCAACAACAGCGAUGAGAGUCCUUCGGAUUUGCAGUACCAGCAGUAUCAACAACAGUUUGAACAGCAACAGCAACAGCAACAACCAGUCGCAAAUGCUGCUGAUGCUAAUGGGGGUUAUGCAUAUGGUACGACUGGUGGAAACCAAUCUGACAUCACUUUGAACGAUCCAACUCAGCAGCAACAGCAGCAGCAGCAGCAACAGCAGCAACAACAUAAUCAUAAGCAGCAUCAACACCAAGAUUACGACAAAGUAGCUACCCAGCUAGUUGAAGAGGAAAACUUGCAGAAAUCCAAAUACAAGACGUAUAAAAACUUGGACAAUUAUGAAGUAUUGGAACAAAUGGGUGAAGGUGCGUUUUCCGUCGUUAAUAAGGCCAUUCACAAACCAACUGGUAAGGAGGUUGCUAUCAAAAUAUUACGUAAAUUCCAAAUGGAUCAACAACAAAAGCAAGCAGUAUUGAAAGAAGUCACCAUUAUGCGUCAAUUGAAACAUCCCAAUGUUGUUUCAUUUAUCGAAUUCAUUGAUUCACCUGACUACUACUACAUUGUUCAAGAGUUGGUUUCUGGUGGUGAAAUUUUCACCAUGAUUGUCAAGUACACUUAUUUAUCAGAAGAUUUAUCUCGUUGGAUUAUCACUCAAGUGGCCCAUGCUAUACGUUAUCUUCAUGAGGAAGUUGGUAUUGUUCAUCGAGACAUUAAGCCCGAGAAUUUACUAUUUGAACCAAUUGAAUUGAUCCCCAGUGUUAACCCCAUUGCCAAAUUGCGUAAAAGUGAUGACCCAAACACCAAAAAGGAUGAAGGUGAAUUCACUCCUGGUGUAGGUGGUGGUGGUAUUGGAAUUGUUAAAUUGGCUGAUUUUGGAUUAUCAAAACAAAUUUGGGAACAUAAUACCAAGACGCCGUGUGGAACUGUUGGUUAUACUGCACCAGAAAUUGUUCGUGAUGAACGAUACUCUAAGGAGGUUGACAUGUGGGCCAUUGGAUGUGUUUUGUAUACUUUGCUUUGUGGGUUCCCACCAUUUUAUGAUGAACGUAUUGAAACAUUGACUGAAAAAGUAGCAAAGGGACAAUUUACAUUUUUACAACCCUGGUGGGAUGAAAUUAGUGAUGGUGCUAAAAAUUGUGUUUCGAAUUUAUUGACUGUUGAUCCAAAGAAGAGAUAUACUAUUGAUGAGUUUUUGCAAGACCCAUGGAUGAAGCAACAAACUGAAGGAGCUGCACCACAACAACAAUCAGCAACAACUGCUGCUGAUGCCAAUGCCAAUAUUCAGAAAUCACACCCAAUUCAAUCACAAAAUAACAACAACAUUACCAACGUUGCCAAAUAUUCCAAGAAAUCACGCUUGCAACAACAAUCUUUCAACCAAGAUCUUUACUCGCCAGCAGCUGUAGCAUUACGUGAUGCAUUUGAUAUAUCUACUGCUGUCCAUCGUAUGGGCGAAGAAGCUGCGUUAUCCAACAAACAACAUGGUGUUGGUGGUGGUGGAUUAUCCAAUGUUGAAGACUUGAUUGAAGAAGAGGAAGAAGAAAAUGAAGAAGACGUAACUGGAAGUGGCAGAGUCUUGCAUCAUCACUAUGAUAGUAACAACAAUAAUGGUACCACUGCUUCCUCAAGUAUACCUAGAUCGAACAAUCGUCGUCAUCGUCAUAACCAUCAUCGUGAACAACAGAAUUUGAUUAAGCCUAAAGGUGGCUUUGAUUUAAAUUUGGGUGGUGCUUCAAUUAUUGAGAGAAGAAAGAAUAAGCAAAUUCCAAUUCAAAGUAGCUAG